AUGAGUACCGAUAAAUACAAUAAAAAGAAACAUGCAUCUUCUUCGUUCUCAAAGAAAGUGUUGAAAAACAUAUUUCGCCCCUCCAAAAGGAAGGGGAAAGAAGGUACCGAUGGAUAUAAACAGACAUCAUUACAACAUCCUAACCAUACAAAGGAUAAGCUUCUUAAUCAUUCUGAUAGGACUUUCUCUGCACAAGUCGCAAGUAACCCGAAAGAAAAAUACGAAAAUAAUGAGAAUAAUCUGCUGCGGAAUAACCACAUAUCAUCAAAGGCACCAUCAUCUAAUAAUAAUAAUAAUAAUGUUCCAAUAAAACAGAGUAAUUCAAAAUUAUUGAAUAGUCCUUUUAAUAUCCCAAUUUCUAUAGAUUUCCAUAACCACGAUCAUGAUCAUGAUCAUCAUAGGCAUACUCGUCGGCAAAAAUCAAUGCAAACUACUCAAAGAAAAAACGUGAAGAAAAAUGCAAAUUACACAUCAAGCAAAUCAAGAUUUAAUAACACAUUAAAAAAAUAUAGGAAUUUAUCAUCGUUACCAUCAAAAAUUAACAACAAUUUAGAUGCAGGUUCAAGUAUUCUUUCAUUACCAAAUAAUUCAAGCUAUAAUUCAAAUUCUGAUUACAACGAUAACAAUAACGAUGAGGAUGAGGAUGAUAGUGAUAAUGACACGAAUUUAUUAUUGAGAACAAAGUCGAGUAAUAAUAAUGACAUGACUAAUGAUUGGAAUUCAAAAUAUACCGUAUCCAAUAAAUCUUCAACAAAUAUCAAAAACACUACUAAUAGUAAUAAUAAUGGACUAUUUGAUAAUCUAUGGACAUUGGCAAAGAAAAAAUAUGAUAAUUAUAAGAAUACACAUGUUGAUACAACAACUAAUACACCGCCUAUCUCGACGGCCGUGGGGGCCACCUCAACUAAAAAGCCUACAUCUGCUGAUUUGAUGAAAAAUUUGGACAAUGUGUUAUCUUCAUCUUCAAGAAAUAUCGCCAAACCUCGUGCUGAUACUACCGCAAGCACGACGCUUAUUCAUUAUGAUAAAAAUUCCCAGGGCAUACGUUCGAUCACUUCCCAAAGUACUUUAAACGGACACUCCCUUAAGAAGACAAAAAAUACUCAUCUACAUGAAGGCCAACCACCUACCUCAAAAAUAAUCGACACUUUAGGUAAAGGUAGUCUGGACCUUGAUUAUUUUAAUCCUAAGAUACUGAAUAAUGAUAUCAUUACAGAAAAAUUAACCAAAAAUGCUGAUAGCAAUGCAAGAGACUUAUUACAAUCAAAAUCACAUGAUACAUCUGAUCCUAUAAUAUCGACUAUUUCUACACCAGUAUAUUCUAUUCCAAAAACCAACAAUAUCAAUAAAAGGAACAGCACUAGUUCGCAAUUGACAAUUGAAUCUUCCCUAAAUCACAUACCGUCAAAGGUAAAUCCAAUAUCAAAAAAAUUCAAAUUAUUUUCACUAUCAAAUAAUGAUGUAUCAACACAAUCAAAUAAAGAAAACGUUCCAGGUAUUAAUAAUACCGAUAGCAAUGAUUUGAAUCCAAAACGUCGUCAAAGAUCUAAAACAGUUUGCUUUGGUGCCACUGUACCUCCACGGAAUUCUUCUUCAUCAAUAACAACGGUACCUGCAAAGUUAUCGUCUUCAUAUUCAACUUCAAACUCAAAAAGAAAUUCACAUAUAGUUUCAUCUCCACAUUUAGAAGAUUCAAAAUUAAAAAUGCAAAAUACUAGCGCCAAUAACUUGAAGAAUAAUUAUAGAAACAACGGUAAGAAUAUCAUGAAAUUACCAUCAGAUUCACAUUCACAGUCACACUCAAAUUCAAUGACUCCAAUAAAUUUGAAUCCUGUCGCUAUGGGAAUGAAAGUACUUCCAUUACCUCAUUCAGCUUUAAAAUAUUCAAUUAAUAAAGUAAGAAAUAGUACUGACAUUGCUACUUCUUUAUUCACUCCAUUAGUGUUACCUCCAAGAUUACCAUCAACUCCCACAACCAAUAAUAAUAAUAACGACACAAAUAAUACAAAUACCAAGACAUCAUUGAAUUUACCAUCUUUCAAACCAAUAAAUAGUAAUAAUAAUAGUGGUAUAGAUGAAAACUUAGAUGAAACAGGAAAUAACAACAAUACUACUAUUUUUAAUGAUAAUAAUAAUGUCACAUCGGAACCUACUCAGAGAUUGAUAAGAAAUAGUGUAAUGAUUCCUCGUGGUAAUGAUGGUAUUAAAUUAAAUGACAUCAAAUUUGCCUCUGACAAGAAAAAUUCAGAAUUUCACAACUUCUUCAAAGAUACAGAUAUUCAAUCUAAUGAAAAACUAAUUACGGAAUUUACAUGUGCCUUAUCGAAAGAUAUUCUUUUACAAGGGAAAUUAUACAUUUCUAAUAAACAUCUGGCAUUUUAUUCAAAUAUUUUAGGUUGGAUUACUACUGUAGUGAUUUCAUUCCAAGAAAUUAUUCAAAUUAAGAAAAAGACAACAAUGGGGAUUUUCCCCAAUGCUAUUGUUAUUGAUACUUUAAAUUCAAGAUAUACUUUUGCCUCUUUUGUUCAAAGAGAUACAAUUUUCAAAUUGGUUACAAAUAUUUGGAAUCAAUAUAUUAUUUCAAAUAGAUUGCAAAAUACUUCACAAAGACAUUCAAAUUCAAUUGAUGAUAAUACUUCCAUGACCGAUUACAUCACAGACGACGAUGAAUAUGCGGAUGAUGAUGGCGAUGAUGAUAACUUUGAAUAUACUUCAGAUACAGACGUAUCAAGCGAUUAUUGGGUUAAGGAAGAUGUUACACAAUUGAAAGGUUCCAUGAAACAACAACUUGAUAGUGAUACAUUAGGACCUUUAAAACACGAACCGACCUCCUCAAAUUAUAGUCCUGUAUCAGAUGAAAAAUUAAUUUGCGAAACUAAUUUAAAUGCUCCAUUAAGUACCAUUUUCAAUAUAUUAUUUGGUAAUGAUACUUCAUAUUUUGAAUCUAUCUUGCAAAAAGCUAAAAAUUUUGAUAUUCAACCAUCACCGUUACCCAAAUUACUCCCCUCUAAGAAACGUGAAUAUGUUUAUACAAAACCAUUGACAUCAUCAAUUGGACCUAGCAAAACAAAAUGUAUUAUCACUGAAACAUUAGAUAAUUUCGAUCUAAAUGAUUACAUUCAAGUCACGCAAUUGACUUCAAAUCCAGAUGUUCCCUCAGGUAAUUCAUUCAAAACUAAAACAGUAUUUCUUUUAUCAUGGGAUUCAAAUAAUACAACGAAAUUCAUGGCAUACGUAUCAAUUAUAUGGACCGCCAAGAGUUGGAUCAAAAAUGCAAUUGAAAAGGGUACCGUUGAUGGUGUUACAGAAUCAACAAAUUCAAUGAUUUCAGAAAUUAAAGAUGUAAUUUUACCAAGAAUAAUGAAAAGAACACGUGGUCAAUCAACCUCAAUCAGUAGUUCUAAACCACCAAUGGUAAUUCCAUCACUACCAACAAUAGGACCACAAAGACAUCCUGAAACAAAAUUACCGACUCCAUUAGAGGCAGGAACGUUUGUUUUACAAAAUGGUAAAAUUAAUGUGCCAAUGGGCACAACGUAUAAAUUACUAUUUGGUGAAGAUAUAAGUUUCUUAAAGAAAAUUCUUUUGAAACAAAAUAAUAUUAACAUUUCAAAUAUUCCAAAUAAAUUCGUCAAUGAGGAAAGAUCCUAUACUUAUAUUAAAAAACUAAAUAAUUCAUUAGGUCCGAAGCAAACUAACUGUAACGUUGUGGAAUCUGUUCAACAUUAUGAUUUGGAAAAUUAUAUCCUCGUUAAACAGUUGACCAAGACUCCUGAUGUCCCAUCAGGUAGCACCUUCAGUGUGGCAAGUCUGAUCUACUUAACUUGGGAUAAAGAAGAAACUAGUACGGAUAUUAAUGUUAUUACUAAUGUCAUAUGGUCAGGAAAAUCAUUUUUGAAAAGCGCCAUUGAAAAAGGGUCUAUUGAAGGACAAAAAGCUUCAAUGAAAAUAUUAGUUGAUGAAUUAAACUCAAUUAUUAAGGAAAACCAAGUUGAAAUUGCGAAGUUACAAUCUGGUAGAGGCAAAGGUAAGAGAAGGAAAAGUAGAGCAAGAAAGUUAUCGACUACUAAUAAGGAGGAUGUCGAAGAAACACCUAGGGUUAAAUUUGACUUUAUCAUUGAGAAAUUUAAACCUAUUGUGGAAGUUAUUAACUCUUUAACAAGUAUUUUAGGUGUAUCAUUUGAGCCAGCCUCCAACAAGAACAUUAUUAUUGUGGCUUCCGUCGGUAUAUUCUUUUUAUUUACACUAUUUCGGAUAUUAUUAUUUGGUGGACCUAAUUCAAAUAUCAUGGUACAAAAUCAUAAAAGUUUCAAGUUGUUACCCAAUGAUAAGAUCAUUAUUGAUGGGAAUGAAUAUAUUUAUAUUCCAAGGAUGAAAACUUUAUACUCAGCUUAUGAAGAUGAUCUUAAAGGACAUGGAGGCAAUAAGGAGAAUAAUUCCAUUGAUGAUAUUAUGAAAAGCUCUCAGCAAAAUCUGUGGCAUUGGAUAACGGACCGUGGGGAUAAGCAUGGUUAUCCAUAUUUUAAGAAAAUAAAAAAGUUAAGAGGCUAUUCUCAGUUGACAAGAAAAGUAUGA